AUGUCUUCUCCUGUCUCCAGUAACGCAAAGGUCUUCCUUGCAUGGUACCUUUCUAACCUUGCUGCUGCUCCUCUCCGCACAAAGGCCUGCACAUCCGGUGUUUUGUCUGGUCUGCAAGAAUUGACAGCACAAAAGCUGUCGGGAGCAAAGAAAUUUGACAAAAGAAUUAUUCAAAUGGCUGCCUAUGGCUUAUUCAUCUCGGGACCUCUCAGUCAUUUCAUGUAUGAGAUCAUGAACAAGGUCUUUGCUGGAAAGACUGGUAACGGUGUCAAGAUUGGCCAGCUCCUCUUCUCCAACUUGAUCAUCUCACCCAUUAUGAACUCAGUCUACUUGACUGCCAUGGCUAUCAUGGCUGGUGUUCGUUCCCCUGCCCAAUUGAAGGCCAACAUCAAGAACGGUCUCUUGCCUAUGCAAAAGGUCUCUUGGGUCAUUUCUCCCUUGAGUAUGACCUUUGCUCAAAACUUCUUGGCCCCUACUACUUGGGUUCCUUUCUUCAAUUUGAUCGCAUUCGUCUUUGGUACUUAUAUGAACACCAUGAUCAAGCGCAGACGUAUUAGAGAAGCUGAGGAGGCUGCCAAGAAGCAAUAA